CAACAAGUGAAUAUCACUAUGUGAGAUAUCUCUGUUUUUCAAUGACUUUGGAUAUUGGGUUUGUAGGGGCCUUUUAAGCUUGGUUUACUCCGUAUUCUCCUCUCAAAAGCAUUGAUUGAAUCGCUCGUCAUAAAUAUUUCUGCCCAUUUGCUCGUCUUGUAACUUCUUUUCAUAAUCAAGUUCAAGCGUAUGGUCUGCUUUAUCACUUCGUGUUUAUGAUUAUGGAUUCUCGGCUGCAUCCUGAUGCAUAUUUUGAUGAGGUUAAGAAGAAAACAUGGAAGCAAACUAUUCUCCUGUCUUCUCAAAUCGUUGGAGUAGUUUAUGGUCAAAUAAGCACUGCACCCUUGUAUGUUUUUGGGACUAUGCAUCCCGGGGAUGUGGAUUCAAAGGAUGUUGUUUACGAACUCUUUUCAUUCAUAUUCUGGACUCUAACUGUCAUUUCCUUACUGAAGUAUGCCUUCAUAAUGCUGAAAGUUGAUAAUGAUGGGGAAGGUGGCACUUUUGCGCUAUACUCACUCUUGUGUAGACACGCAAAAGUUGGCCUGCUCCCGAGUGAUAGAAGCACUGAUGAGGUUAUGCAUUAUGAGAAGAGUCCCUCUAACAGGAAGACGGAUUCAAGGGCUCGAAGGGCCAUUGAGAAGCACAAAAGCUGUCACUAUUUGCUAUUAUCAUUGGCUCUCUUUGGAUCUUGUAUGACUAUCGGUGAUGGGGUGCUCACUCCAGCACUUUCUGCCUUAUCAGCUUCAAAGGGUGUUGAAUGGUCCUUGGCAGAUUUGUCGUGCUUAUUUUCCUCUUCACAUCAUUCUCAGCAUUCAGUGCCAGAGGGUAUUAAAAAAUAUGUACCUGUUCCCUCUGCAUGUGUCAUAUUGGUUGGCCUUUUCGUGAUGCAGCCUUGUGGAACGCGCAAAAUUGGGUUCAUGUUUGCUCCAAUAAUUUUUGUUUGGCUCUUAUUUGUUGCUGGAGUAGGGGUGUAUAAUAUUUUCCAAUGGGAUGUGGAAAUCAUCUAUAAGAUAUCCCCACUAUACAUGUUAAGAUUCAUCAGAAAUAUUGAUCGUCCCAGAUGGAGGUUGCUAGGGAGCGUGAUUUUAUGUGUAGCAGGAUCAGAGGCUAUGUUUGCUGAUCUAGGUCAUUUCUCAAAGAAAUCAAUUAAGAUAACAUUUAUUUGCUUGAUCUACCCACUUCUUGUUUUAAGCUAUGCGGGUCAGGCUGCAUAUAUCUCCAAGAACUUGGGAACUGAAGACUUCAUUCAUCUUAGUGGAUCUAUGCCCGGACACUGCAAUCAUAUCUUCACAAUACUAUCCCUAUUUGCUUCAGCUGUUGGAAGCCAAGCAACGAUAACAGCCACUUUUUCCAUAAUUAACCAGUGCCUGGCUCUAAAUUGCUUCCCCAGAGUAAAAGUUAUUCACACAUCAAAGAAGAUACUUGGACAGAUUUACAUCCCAGAUAUAAACUGGAUAUUGAUGAUUCUCAGUCUCACUGUCACUAUUGGUUUCCGAGACCUGGUGAAAAUUGGUAAUGCGACAGCUUUGGCUAUAAUUAGUGGAAUGCUGGUAACAACCAGUCUGAUGUCACUCAUCAUUGCUCUGUAUUGGGAGAAGAAUUUGAUCAUCUCUGCAUGCUUUCUUAUUUGUUUUGGCUCCCUUGAAGCUGCAUAUCUUUCAGCAUGUCUGCUACAAUUUCACAGGGGAGCAUGGUAUCUAUUUGUUCUCUUGGUGGUGACCAUGACAAUUAUGAUUGCGUGGCAUUAUGGAACUAUGAAGAAGUAUGAGUUUGAUAUAGAGAACAAGGUGUCCACUGAAUGGCUCAUAGAUGUUAGUCCAAACCUCAGCAUUUCCAGAGUACCAGGAAUUGGCUUCAUUUACACUGACAUCUUAGCAGGAAUCCCUGCUUUCUUUUCACAUUUCAUCACUAAUCUUCCUGCAUUUCAUCAAAUUCUGAUAUUGGUGUCCUUUAAGUCUCUACCUGUGCCUUAUGUCCCAGAAAGUGAAAGGUAUCUCAUAGGCAGGAUUGGUCCAAAAGAUUACAAAAUUUACCGAUGCAUUGUCAGAUAUGGAUACUGUGAUCAUGUUAGGGACACGGAUGAUUUUGAAGAGCAGAUAAUACGUUCUAUUGGGGAGUUCAUUAAUGUUGAACAGAGUGAUAUUGAAUCCAUGGAUUCCCCACAUAGAAGGAUGAUCAUCAUUGGAAAUUCAUCAUCAUCACAGGGAAAUGCUUUAGUUCCUCUAGAGGAUCUUGAAUCAACCGAGGGACCAAGCCUAGCAAGCAGCGAAUCUCAGAUAAGUCCAGUUGCUAGUCCUCCUCCUUCUGCUAGGAGAAAAAAGGUCAGAUUCAUGUUGCCUGCAAACAGUCCUAAAAUGCAGGCAUCAGUGAGGAAGGAGCUCUUAGAGCUAAUCGAUGCUCGGGAAAGUGGUAGUGCCUAUUUCCUGGGACAAUCUCAUUUAGUGGUUCGUGAUGGCUCCAACAUUCUGAAGAGAUUCCUAAUCAUGACAUACCGUUUGAGCGAAAAGAAUUGUCGUGAGCCUCCAGUGGCACUGAAGAUUCCUCAUGCUGCUCUUGUAGAAGUUGGUAUGGUCUGUACUAUAUAAGCUGAAGAAGUGAAUUCAGUUUUACUCAUCAUACACACAUACAAGGGGAAGAUGAAGGUUGAGAAAAUAAAAGGGAAUGGAUAUAGGUAACAAAAGAAACGUAUUGAUAUUAUAUGUGAAAGAUGAAAAAUCAUAUUACGUGCUCUUAGUUGCAUGGAUAAUCAUAGAAAGAAUUUUAGAGUCCUUUAUAGAUCCCCACCUUAUAUGUAAGUUGAACUGAUACGGUUACCUUUCUGUCCAUAUCUUCCCUGAUCUUUUCCUUCUA